CGCCCACCUCUCCCGCCCACCCCUCCAGUGGCGGCAACUGGCAGAGGCUGAAGCCGACACGAGCCGAGCGGGCGUCGCGGGGAUUUGAGUCACUUGACGGCCGAUUCAGCUAACAAACUCUGUCGUGAUGUCCGACGACGAGCAGGAGCAGACCAUUGCUGAGGACCUGGUGGUCACCAAGUACAAGAUGGGGGGCGACAUUGCCAACCAGGCUCUCCGUCUGGUUGUGGACGCGGCCAAGCCCGGCGUGUCGGUGCUGAGCCUCUGCGACAAAGGGGACGCCUACAUCAUGGUAGAGACCGGAAAGGUCUUCAAGAAGGAGAAGGACAUGAAGAAAGGCAUUGCCUUUCCCACCAGCGUGUCGGUCAAUAACUGCGUUUGCCACUUCUCCCCGCUGAAGAGUGACCCCGACUACACGCUGAAAGAUGGAGAUCUGGUCAAAAUUGACCUCGGCGUUCACGUGGACGGCUUCAUUGCCAACGUAGCGCACAGCUUUGUGGUGGGAGCAACGAAGGAGAACCCGGUCACGGGCCGCAAAGCUGAUGUUGUCAAAGCAGCCCAUCUGUGUGCGGAAGCUGCUCUUCGCCUGGUCAAACCUGGUAACCAGAACACUCAGGUGACAGAGGCCUGGAAUAAGAUCUCUCAGUCGUUCAAAUGCUCACCUAUUGAGGGUAUGCUGUCUCAUCAGUUAAAGCAGCAUGUUAUUGAUGGAGAGAAGACCAUCAUUCAGAACCCGACAGACCAGCAAAGAAAGGACCAUGAGAAGGCGGAGUUUGAGGUGCAUGAAGUUUAUGCAGUGGACGUCUUGGUCAGCACGGGGGAGGGAAAGGCGAGAGAUGGCGGUCUGAGGACCACCAUUUACAAGAGGGACCCCAGCAAGCAAUACGGCCUGAAAAUGAAGACUUCCCGUACUUUCUUCAGCGAAGUGGAACGCCGCUUUGAUGCCAUGCCCUUCACUCUCCGAGCAUUUGAGGACGAGGCCAAAGCGCGGCUGGGAGUGGUGGAAUGUGCCAAGCACGACUUGCUGCAGCCCUUCAGUGUCCUCCAUGAGAAAGAAGGAGAAUUUGUAGCUCAGUUUAAGUUCACAGUCCUGCUGAUGGCCAACGGCCCUCACAGGAUCACCAGCGGCCCCUUUGAGCCUGAGUUCUACAAGUCGGCGCAUGAGGUCCAGGACCCAGAGCUAAGGACUUUACUACAGAGCUCUACAAGCCGGAAAGCACAAAAGAAGAAGAAAAAGAAGGCCUCAAAGACGGCGGAAAACGCAGCAGGACAGCCCAGUGAGGAAACGGAAGCGGCGGAAUAAAUACCUUACCGCCUUCGUGCCCAUGCAAGAAGACCCCAAAGAGAAGCAUGACCCCCCCACCACCACGCCACUGCCCUCCAGUCAUUCUAAUGUUUCACAAUUUAUCCAACUCAUAAAAACAAGCACGAGGGGGACUAAAGUGAAUAUUUAAUGAGACAUGUUUAAUUGCUGAACCCUUUUUACUGCAUCAACUGCAAAUUAACCUCAUCCCUCCACCCACACCCACACACCAUACUAUUAUUUACAGCAGAAGCAUUCCCUCUCUAUGACGACGUCAGACGAGGUUGAAACAGUCAUGGCUUAGAACGUGACGUAACUCAUCUUUGUUGAAUGAUGUACACUAUAACUCCUAGCUACUGAUGAACGUGCUCUAAAGGGUUAUAUUGGAAAAGUACGUAUAGUUCCACAAGUGUAGAAUGUGACUAGUUUCCAAUGUUUGUAGUGUCAGACAACCUGACCAUGCCGCUUGGACCAUGUUUGGUUGGCUUUUCUUUUUUUUUUUUUUUUGGAAGAAUAACUGAAGUGUUUGGAAAAAGUUGUUAAGGGAACAAAUGCUAAAUUUACUGCCAUGACCUCCAUGACGAGAGAAGCUACCAAGGUUCCAUGCUUCUCGAGCGAUCAUUUCCGAUUGGAGUUGUGGGUUGACGUGUGCAGUGUGGCUCAUUCAAUGGGCAAAAACUACUUUUCAAAUAACGACAAUAAACCUUUUCAUACUCCUUUGUUUUCAAUAAAGGCACAUUUAUGCCUGACCUUUA